AAGAGGUGUCCGUGAAGCACUACGAGGGCUGCUAGCUUGGGCUGUGGCAAUGGAAGUGCUGUUGCUCUUCUUCCUCCAGGCAGCUGAGGACACAGUUGCUGACCACUUCUAGGUCUCCAUCUCAUCCUCCACCACCAUUGUUUGAGCAUGUUGAGACGUCAUGUCUCAUUUUGAUACAAUGACUGAACCUGCCUUUUAUCUGGACAAUUUGUUUUUUGAAGGACCAAGUGGAAAGCAAAAAUCUCUGGAAGAUGAAGAGCCAACAAACUGGUAUCUUGCACCUGUUCCAUCUGCUUUCGAAAUUCCACCUACUCAAGAGCUACAGAUGGAACUGGGGAAAAAUAACCAAAAAGAAGAAGAAAGUGAUGAAAGCAUCUCCUCAAAAUUCAGGAAAAGCUUAUUCAAACCAACAAAUUAUACAUAUGAAAAUACAGGCAUCAAAGAGAGCACCAAUGCCAACAGAAGAAUGGACACAUAUUGUAGUAAUGCUACCAAUGAAGCGAUGAACAUAGAUCCGUGGAAAAAUAAUAUGCAGAUAGCUCAAUAUUCAGAUUUUAAUCUGCUUAGUGUAAAUGAUGUUAUUUCAGCUUCUGCAAAUGGAAAGGGAAUUGAAAAUGCAUACUCAUUUCCUUGUGUUUCAAAGACUUCUAGUAUGGAAGGAAUAACUGAAAAGGAGUUUAAGGUUUUGAGGCCUGUGACUGAAAUCCCUGCUCAGUUUAGAAAUAUUUUCAAGGAGUUCCCUUAUUUUAAUUAUAUUCAGUCCAAGGCUCUCGAUGAUCUUCUUUACACAGACAGAAAUUUUGUGAUCUGUGCACCAACUGGUUCUGGAAAAACUGUAAUGUUUGAGCUGGCAAUUACCAGAUUAUUGAUCAGGGUGCCAAUGCCUUGGUUAAAUAUUAAAAUUGUUUAUAUGGCUCCAAUAAAAGCUCUCUGCAGUCAACGUUUUGAUGAUUGGAAAGAAAAGUUUGGACCUGUUGGACUUAUCUCUAAAGAACUAACAGGAGACACAGCUAUGGAUGAUUUAUUUGAAAUACAGCAUGCUCAUAUUAUUUUGACCACACCAGAAAAGUGGGAUAGCAUGACUAGAAAGUGGAGAGAUAACUCCUUAGUUCAGCUAGUGAGACUGAUCCUCAUUGAUGAGGUUCAUGUUGUGAAAGAUGAGAGCCGAGGUGCUACACUUGAGGUUGUGGUCAGCCGGAUGAAAACGGUUCAGUCUUCUCUUUCACAUGGCUCUGAGAAUUCUGAUUCAGUGCUUUCAAUGAGAUUUGUGGCAGUUUCUGCAACAAUCCCAAAUGCAGAAGAUAUUGCAGAAUGGCUUUCAGAUGGCAAGGGGCCUGCUGUAUGUCUGAAAAUAGAUGAAAGAUACCGACCAGUGAAGCUUCACAAAGUAGUGCUUGGAUUUCCCUGCAGUAGCAACCAAACGGAAUUCAAAUUUGACUUAACACUUAACUACAAAGUAGCUAGUGUUAUUCAAACGUAUUCUGAACAAAGGCCAACCCUUGUGUUCUGUGCCACAAGGAAAGGAGUACAGCAAGCUGCUGCUGUACUAGCUAAAGAUGCUAAAUUUAUUAUGAAUGUGGAACAGCUAGAAAGAUUGCAAAAGUGUGCCAAGUCAAUAAAAGAAGCCAAGCUGAGGGAGCUCUUGAUCUGUGGAAUAGCUUAUCAUCAUGCUGGAGUAGAGGUGUCUGAUAGAAAAAUCAUUGAAGCAGCUUUUAAUAUGGGAGACAUACCAGUUCUUUUUACUACUAGCACCCUUGCUAUGGGGGUAAAUUUACCAGCACACCUGGUAGUUAUAAAAUCAACAAUGCAUUAUGCUGGAGGAAUGUUUCAGGAGUACAGUGAAACUGAUAUUUUGCAAAUGAUUGGAAGAGCAGGAAGACCUCAAUUUGAUACAACAGCCACAGCAGUUAUCAUGACAAGGCUAAGUACAAGAGAUAAGUAUGUUCAGAUGUUAAAUGGUGCUGAUACAAUAGAAAGCAGUUUGCAUAUGCAUCUUAUCGAACACUUAAAUGCUGAAAUAGUGCUACACACCAUUACUGAUGUGAACAUUGCUUUAGAAUGGAUAAGAUCAACUUUCCUCUAUAUCAGAGCUUUGAAGAAUCCAACUUACUAUGGGUUUUCACCUGGACUGGACAGAGGUGGAAUUGAAGAAAAGUUGCAAGAAUUAUGUUUGAAGAACUUGAAUGAUUUGUCAUCAUUUGAUUUGAUCAAGAUGGAAGACAAACUCUAUUUCAAACCAACAGAAACUGGACGACUAAUGGCUUGGUAUUACAUUGCGUUUGACACCAUGAAAAAGUGUUUUGUGAUUAAGGGAAACGAGACUUUAUCUGAACUGGUCACAUUGAUAUCCAGUUGCAAUGAAUUUUUGGACAUCAAGCUAAGAACAAAUGAGAAAAAAAUUCUGAAUACUUUAAAUAAAGACAAGAACAGGAUAACUAUAAGAUAUCCAAUGGAAGGAAAAAUAAAAACAAGAGAAAUGAAAGUGAACUGUCUUAUUCAGGCACAACUAGGAUGUAUUCCCAUUCAAGAUUUCACUUUGACACAAGAUAUAGGCAAGAUUUUCAGAAGCGGUGUAAGGCUUUCAAAAUAUGCUUGCUUUUUUUGUUUAGGGUUGUCUGAAUUUCUGGCUUCCCGUCAAGGCAACUUUUUAGUGUUAUUAAACGCUUUGAUUUUAGCAAAAUGCUUCAGAUGUAGACUUUGGGAAAACUCCCUGUAUGUAUCCAAACAGCUUGAAAAAAUCGGUAUGUCUCUGUCAAAUGCAAUGAUGAAUGCAGGUCUGACAUCAUUUAAAAAAAUUGAAGAUACUAAUCCAAGAGAACUUGAAUUGAUUUUGAAUAGGCAUCCUCCUUUUGGGAAUCAGAUUAAAGAAUCAGUAACACGCCUUCCAAAAUAUGAACUUAAUGUAGAGCAGCUGGCAAAUUACAGCGAAUCAAUAGCUGAAAUGCUAGUGACUGUCAUACUAACCAACUUUGAACAGCUGCAAACAAAGAGAACUGCACCAGAUUCUCACUAUGUAACCUUAAUAAUAGGAGAUGAUGAUAAUCAGGUGGUUUUUAAGCAAAAGAUCACGGAUUCUGCUUUGCUGAAAAUUGGAAAUUGGACUAAAAAGGUUGAAGUGAGAAGAGCUGUUAAGUCUGAAGAGCUUAGCAUAAAUCUCAUCAGUUCUGAGUAUGUUGGGUUAGAUAUUCAGCAGAAAUAUAAAGUCUUUUACUUAGGACCAAAAGGAUUUGGAAAGCAAAUUGUGAGCAGACAUGCGAAAUUAAAAGGUGAACAUACAUCUGAUAAUUGUCUGACUUCUCCAGUAGGAUCACAACCAUCAAGAAUCAAUAAAGAAUGUACUGGUACCCAAGAGAUCCUCAGCAGAAAGCAUGGGAAUAGAAAAUGCAAUCAUCACUGCAAAAACAAAGAAGUAUGUGGACAUGACUGCUGUAAAAUUGGAGUUUCACAGAAACCUGACAUGUCAGUGAUUUCUUCAUAUCUCAGUGAUUUGAGAAACCGUAAUGCAGUAUCUGCUGUUCCCCCAGUCAAACGAUUAAAGAUGCAGAUGUCAAAUAAAUCUCCAAAGGUGGAUCUUAGACAUUUUAGUUAUACUCCUAAAUCUUUUCUUCCAAGAUUGCCAAGGAUGGAGUAUGCACAAGAUUCAGAUUCCACUUUAAUGGAAGAGAGAAAUGAAGCUGAUGCUCAUGGAAGAUUUGCACAGGAACCUGAAAGUUGCAGAUUGAAUGGUUUCUUUGUUGGCAAGCAGCCUGCAACUUUAAAUGAAAAAAUCCAUCAGACAAUGAUUUCAAACAAAAAUCUCAAAGAUUCUUUCAUGAAUAACUUGACAGAUGCAGAUAAAAGCAGUGCUUUGUUUUCAGAACCUUUGAAUGUGAACUUUGAAUUAGGAAAUGAGGUUUGGGAUGAUUACGAUGAUGGGAGUUUAGUCCAUGCUAGCAGUUUUAUUGCUGAUGUGGAGAAAACAAAAAAUUCAGAAUCUUCUCAUCCGGAAUCUAUAAACAUGUACUUCCAAAACACAGGAAAAGCUACAUCUUUUACCCCAAAUACACAGACAAAACCUUUUAAAAGAUUUUCCGUAUUUAAAGAAAAACCUGAUGUCUGCCUACAGAAUUCUGAUUCUCCUACAUUGACUCCACUGUCAAAUAUGAGAUCUCUUGCAGAACUUGGAAAUAAAAAUGUUGUAAAUAAAAACAGAAAUGAUAAUGUUAUUAGCCCAAUGUUUGGCUUUCAAGGAGAACACAGUCUUCCACAAGAAAUGAACUAUGCAGAGUGUACUACAACCUCAGAAACAGUCUUGAGGUGUAACCAAGUCACUGAAAGGGGGAACUUCUUUAUCUGUAAUAAAAGAAUGACAAAAAAGGCUGAUCUCAGGCAUCAGCUUUCUGAUGAUAUUAAACCUUUUCUUGGAAUAUUUGAUGGCAUUUUCUAAUGCCUGUAAACUAGAUACAUUGCAAGUGACAAAGAAUAAGCUCUCAUUUUGAGGAUGAGAUCUUCAAUCACCAAGUCAGGAUUUUCUACUUUUUAUUUAUAGCAGUUUAUUAAUAGUCAAUUUUGCCACAUGGACUCCAUAGUAAUGAUCAAAAUGCUAGAUGCUUUACUACAGAUAUUUAAUGUACAAUGCAUCUUUAAUAGAUAUUUAAAUAUCUCUGUUUAUAUGAGGUUGUUGUUUGUAAUACUGUAGAAUAUAAGGCUCUUUGAAAGCCUUUUAUUAAAGAGGAUUGCUUUUAGGCCAAGUCAUUUGUUUUACUCUGGGAAAUAAGAUUAUCUUUGUAAUAUGCAUCUCCUACGUAAAUACAUUUGUGAACAACUCUUAUGCGAUCCAUAGAAAAAUACCUUCUUUGUGGAAUUUUUACAUUUGGCAGUUAUUUGCAUUUAACUGACUUUAUGAUGCCAUACAUUACAUGAAACAAUGGGAUCUGAAAAUAAAAAGGAACAAAUUUUG